ACCAAAACAAACGCCGACGGCGCGGAGGCAGGGUCUAUGGCCGAGGCGGUGAAACCUCAGCGCCGGGCCAAGGCCAAGGCCGGCCGGACUAAACCCAAGGAAAAGAAGAAAUAUGAAACCCUUCGGACAGAAGAGUCUGAAAUCUCCCUUCCAAAAACCACCAAAGAGCAGGAAAUUCUUCCUCUGGCUUGUGAAUUGAAAGGAGACCAUCUGAAGAUCUUGAGUGAUUCCCAGCUCCAGAGUGAUGUCAGUGGACACAAUGAAAGUGAAAUGCUUGAUAUACCACUCACCUCCCUGACCAUAGACAAUGAUGGUUGUCUGACAUGUCACCCAGGACCCCUAAAAGAAGAAGAAGAAAUCAAAGCCUCUGUAGGGGUUGCUGAGAUCAUGUCAGAGGUGAACUCUGGCUUCAACAUGGGCAAUAAAAUUGAAACCCCCAAGAACUUUCUAGAAGGAGAAGAAAACAUCUUGGUACAAUGUAGAUCUUCAGAAAGCACACUACUAUCUGAUUUUUCCUGUACUCAGCAGGAAAUGGAAAAUUUACAAGUUGGAGAAACUCAAAAUAGGAAAGAAGCCCUGACUUUUUCUUCAGAAAUACUUCAAAACAUUGGCUUGCAGUGUUCUUAUGAAGCCAAAGAAAAUUCUCAGUCCCUUAAAGUGAAGAAACUGUAUCCUCAGUUGCCAGCAGAAAUUGCAGAUGUACAAUCUUUUGUGGCUGUGAAACCCUUGCUCUGUAACGAGCGACUCUACCCAGAACUCCCAUCUCAACCAGAACUAAUACCAUUUACUAAAGAACAGCUGAAGGUCUUGGAGCCUGGUUCAUGGCUGGAGAAUAUUGAGUCAUAUUUAGAAGAGUUUGACAGCAUGGCUCAUCAGGACAGGCAUGAGUUUUAUGAGCUGCUUUUGAACUAUUCACGAUGUAGGAAGCAGUUGCUCCUGGCCGAAGCUGAGCUGUUUACUCUGUCAUCUGAUUGCCAAAAUGCUAAAAGCCGGCUGUGGCAUUUUAAGGAGGAGCAAGUGUCUGUACAGGGUAUCUGUGCAGAUCAAGUGAAAGUUUCGGGCUAUCAUCGCUACCAGAGAGUAGAGAUGAAUAAAAAUGCACUGGAGGAGCUGAAGAUGCUAUUUGACGCCAAAUCUGAACACCUCCACCAAAUCAUGGCCCUUCAUUCUUACACUUCUGUGCUCUCGAGGCUGCAAGUGGAGUCCUACAUCUACGCCUUGCUCAAUAGCUCAGCUGUUCUGAGAUCUUUAGCAAUUCAUCAACAAGGCCAAGCUUCUAAACCAACAGAAAGCCUUCCCUCUGAUCUGUGCCACUUGAAGGAGUGCAUUAGUGUCUUGUUUAUGUUUACCAGGCGAGUAAAUGAAGACACUCAGUUCUAUGAUGAUAUUCUUCUCUGGCUGCAAAAAUUGGUUUCCGUGUUACAAAGAGUUGGCUGUCCUGGAGAUCACCUCUUCCUCCUAAACCAUAUUCUUCGAUGCCCUGCUGGUGUUAGUAAGUGGGCUGUACCUUUCAUCCAGAUCAAAGUGUUGAACAGCCCAUCAGGGGUCUUUCAUUUCAUGCAGUCCCUUGCCCUGCUGAUGUCUCCUGUCAAAAAUCGGGCAGAGUUUAUGUGCCAUAUGAAGCCAAGUGAGUGGAAGCCAUCCUGUUCAGGACCUGCAUCUGGGAACUGGACACUAGUAGAUGAAGGAGGAGAAGAGGAUGAAGACCCUGAAACCAGUUGGAUUCUCCUUAAUGAAGAUGACUUGGUUAUCCUUUUAUCACAGUUUCCAUUUCAUGAACUCUUUCAGCAUCUUCUUGGGUUUAAAGCAAAAGGUGAUUAUUUGCCUGAAACAACAAGACCUCAAGAGAUGAUGAAAAUUUUUGCCUUUGCCAACUCAUUAGUGGAACUUUUGGCUGUGGGAUUGGAAACCUUUAACAGGGCACGCUAUAGGCAGUUCGUUAAGCGCAUCGGUUAUAUGAUCAGGAUGACCCUUGGUUAUGUGAGUGACCACUGGGCACAGUUCGUGAGCCAUAAUGAAGGCAUGGGAGUGGCCCUGCAGCCCUAUUCCUUGGAGAAGCUACAGGUUGAAUUUGAUGAGCUGUUUUUGAGAGCUGUCCUGCAUGUGCUGAAAGCCAAAAGACUUGGCAUUUGGCUUUUUAUGUCUGAAAUGCCCUUCGGGACGCUCUCUGCACAGAUGCUCUGGAAGCUCUUCUACCUCAUGCACCAGGUGGAGCAUGGGAACCUGCAGCAUCUUGGCCCUGCCCCCCCGCCUGCUGAGUGCAGAAGGCAGCUCCAAGACCCAGAACAUUUUGCGAACUUUGAGAAGUACCUUUCUUCUAUGAAUAGCUCUGAAGAAAUUUGCCUUCUAACUACCUUUGCUCAGAUGGCUCAGGCCAGAAGAACCAAUGUGGAUGAAGACUUCAUAAAAAUUAUUGUUCUGGAGAUAUAUGAGGUAUCUUACGUCAGCCGGUCCACCAGAGAGACUUUUUCAAAAGUUGGUCGAGAGCUUUUGGGGGCCAUCACAGCUGUGCACCCUGAGAUUAUUUCUAUCCUUUUGGACAGAGUUCAGAAAACCAUUGACCAGGUUGGAAUGGUGUCUUUAUACUUGUUUAAAGAGUUGCCUUUGUAUCUUUGGCGACCUUCUGCUUCUGAGAUAGCUGUGAUUCGGGACUGGUUAUUGAAUCACAGCCUGACAGCAGUGAGGAAUAAACUGGCCUGUGUUAUUCUAGAAGGAAUGAAUUGGGGAUUUGUUGAGCAGGGUACCCUUCAUCUGGAUCAAGCACUCCAUACUGAAGUGGCCUUAAUGAUUCUUGAAGCUUAUCAGAAGUACCUUACACAGAAACCAUAUGCUGGGCUUAUUUCUGAAAGCAUGAAGCAGGUUUCUUAUUUGGCCAGUAUUGUUCGAUACGGAGAAACUCCUGAGACCUCAUUUAAUCAGUGGGCUUGGAAUUUGAUCUUGAGGUUAAAACUACACAAAAACGAUUAUGGAAUACAGCAGAAAGACCCAGCUGUUCCCUUCUCCAGCACAGUGCCUGACAUGGCGGAGUCGCCCACAUUCCAUCCUCUCCUGAAGGCUGUGAAAGCAGGCCUGCCCAUUGGCUGUUACCUUGCCUUAGCCAUGACAGCCGUGGGGCACAGCAUUGUGAAGUUCUGUGUAGAAGGCAUCCCACUGCUGGGAAUUCUGAUCCAAACAAGGCAUUUGAGAACGGUGGUGCAUGUCCUGGAUAAGAUUCUUCCUUUGUUCUACCCUUGCCAGUGUUACCUUCUGAAGAAUGAGCAGUUUUUGUCACACCUUCUCCUGUUCCUACACUUGGACAGCGGAGUACCUCAGGGUGUCACACAGCAGGUCACCCACAAGGUGGCACAGCACCUAACGGGAACCAGCCACGGGGACAACGUGAAGCUUCUCAACAGCAUGAUCCAGGCACACAUAUCAGUAAGCACUCAGCCAAAUGAAGUGGGUCCUGUUGCUGUGUUAGAGUUCUGGGUUCAGGCUCUCAUAAGCCAGCAUCUUUGGUACCGAGAACAGCCUAUCCUCUUCCUCAUGGAUCACUUGUGUAAAACAGCUUUUCAGUUAAUGCAGGAAGACUGUAUACAGAAGUUACUCUACCAACAACAUAAGAAUGCUUUGGGUUACCACUGUGACAGGAGUCUGCUAUCUUCUUUGGUGAGCUGGAUGGUAGCAGGCAACAUCACUCCUUCCUUUAUAGAGGGCCUGGCCACACCCACUCAGGUCUGGUUUGCAUGGACUGUGCUGAACAUGGAAUCCAUCUUUGAAGAAGACUCCCAGCUCCGAAGAGUUGUUGAAGGGGAAUUGGUGAUGAACUCUGCAUUUACCCCUGAUCAAGCUCUGAAGAAAGCCCAGGCCCAGCUGAAACUUCCCAUUGUGCCAUCCCUGCAGAGGCUGCUCAUUUACCGCUGGGCCCACCAGGCUCUAGUCACGCCUUCAGAUCACCCACUCCUGCCACUCAUUUGGCAGAAGUUCUUCCUCCUCUAUCUUCACCGCCCAGGACCACAGUAUGGGUUACCGGUAGAUGGUUGUAUUGGAAGACGGUUUUUUCAAAGUGCUGCUCACAUCAGUUUGUUGAAAGAACUGAAGAGGCGACUGACUGAGGUGGCUGACUUCCACCAUGCUGCAAGCAAGGCCCUCCGUGUUCCAGCAGAGGGCAGCGAAGGGCUGCCAGAGAGCCAGGCUUGCACCUCUGGUUACCUGACUUCACCAGAGCUGCACACACAGCUAGUGAGGCUCUUCAAUGUAUAUGUAUUAUGGCUAGAAGAUGAAAAUUUUCAAAAAGGAGAUACCUAUAUCCCUUCUCUACCAAAGCAUUAUGAUAUUCACAGGCUAGCAAAAGUGAUGCAGAAUCAACAGGAUCUGUGGAUGGAGUACUUGAACAUGGAGCGCAUAUAUCAUGAGUUCCAGGAAACUAUUGGUCUUUGGACACAGGUCAAGCUUGAGUCCCAUGCCACACUCUGCACCUUGUUAGCACAGCUGGACUUCACUGAUCCGUGGUUGGCUAAAGAAAGGGUUUUAAGUAACUUGCGGAAGCAUGAAGUUCCCCGUCCUCCCCUUGUUCUCAACUGCAUGAAGCCUCCUGUGCCUGUGAUCUCUUCAGAGGUGCUCCUGAGUCAAAGGGACACCACCCAGCUGGUGUGCUCAGACCUGAAUGUUUUGCAGCAGCAGGCCAGAAUGGCAGCUCUUCGGGAAUGUCAGCUGGUUGCCCUGCAUAGUGAGCUGUUGGAUACAAUGCCUAAGAAGUAUGUUAACCGAGAAGAACAGACCACACUGCAUUUGGAGUGUAGAGGCAGUGGGGGUAAGAAAUGCCAAGGAGCAGCAGUUGUAACAGUUCAGUUUGAAGGCAUGUAUAAGAAUGAAGCAGUAAGUCAACAGCUUCAUAGUUUACGGAAAGAAGUAAAGCAGUUGCAAGCAGAAGCUGCCAAGCCACCUUCACUUAAUAUUGUGGAAGCAGCUGUGCAUGCAGAAAACUUGAUCACGGCCUUAGUGAAUGCCUACAAGUUACAGCCAUCACAUGGGAUUCAGAAAGUUGGCAUUAGCCUUUUCUUUACUGUUGUAGAGUAUGUCAGUGAUGAAUCACAGCGCCAUCCUCCCACAAGACAGUUCUUUACUUCAUGCAUUGAGAUCUUGGGACAGGUAUUUAUCAGUGGCACUGAAUCAGAAUGCAAAAGGGUACUUCAGACCAUUAUGAAGAAUAGAAGGCUCUGUUCUCUUCUGUCUCCUUUCUUUACUCCUAAUGCUGCACCUGCGGAGUUCAUACAGUUGUAUGAAAAGGUGGUGAAGUUUUUAAGUGAGGAAAAUAGUGACAUGAUUUUCAUGCUCCUAACCAAGUUUGAUCUUAAGCAAUGGUUAAACGCCACUAAGCCUCCUCUGUCUGAUCGUACCAGGCUUUUGGAGUCCAUUCAUUUGGCACUUACUGCCUGGGGCCUGGAACCAGAUGAAGAUAUUUUGAUGCCAUUUAAUCUUUUUUGUAAGCACUGGACUUACCUUCUUCUCUACCAGUUCCCUGACCAGUAUAGUGACAUUCUCAGGCUACUGAUGCAAAGCUCCGCUGAGCAGCUACUGAGCACUGAGUGUUGGAAAGCCACUCUGAGGGCCCUGGGCUGCUGUACCCCAAGCUUCCAGCAGGAGGCAGUUUAUUCCAAGAGUGCCAUGCUUCAGGGCUCUUCAGAUGUUCUCUUAUCAGAUAAACAGGUGGUAGAGACCAUACAGUGGCUUUCAGACUUUUUCUAUAAGCUUCGGUUAUCCAAGUUGGACUUUAAAAGCUUUGGUUUAUUCUCAAAAUGGAGUCCUUACAUGGCUCAUGUGAAGACACUCUUGGGCUACCUUGUCAAAAGGCUGAUUGAUUCAGAAAUGGCCUCCUUGGCCCAAGAUGCAUCUGUUGGCAACAAAGCAGUGCUAAGAUCCUUACAUUCAGUAAUCAUCCAGCUCUUUAAGCCAUGGAUCCUGGUUUUAGAGGACAAUGAAAGCAGUCAGCAGUGGCAUUACCCCUGGCUGGAGAGUGAUGCUGAGGUGGCCUCCAGCAUUGUACAGUUAUUCACCGACUGUGUUGAAACAUUGCACGAGAAUUUUAAAGACAAACUGUUGCCAGGCGAUGAAGGAGCCCUUCGUCUGCACCUGAUGCAUUACUGUGAGGCCUGUACAGCGCCCAAAAUGCCAGAGUUUAUUCUGUAUGCUUUUCAUAGUGCCUACCAAAAGCUCCCGUGGAAAGAUCUGUAUCCCGACCAUGUGCUCAUGGAGGCCUUCUUCAAAGUGGAACGAGGAAGCCCUAAGAGCUGUUUCUUGUUUUUCGGGUCUAUACUCUGUGAAGUAAAUUGGGUUAGUGUGCUGUCUGAUGCCUGGAGUCCUAACCCCCAGCCUGAAACUAGGAGCAUGAUCGUCUGCCUUCUUUUCAUGAUGGUUCUCUUGGCAAAAGAAGUUCAGCUAGUAGACCAAACAGACUCACCUUUACUUAGUCUCCUUGGACAAAGUAGCUCACUUUCAUGGCAUCUUGUGGAUAUUGUGUCAUACCAGAGUGUAUUAAGUUAUUUUAGCAGUCAUUAUCCUCCAUCCAUCAUCCUGGCAAAAGAGUCUGCUGCUGAAUUGAUUGUGAAGCUCCUGAAAGUGGCUGCAGGCCUUUCCGUUCCUAUCGAGAACCAGAAACAUCUUGAUGUAGUUCCAAAAUGCCAAGCUUUCAUUCAUCAGAUGGUUCAGUUCCUCAGCGACCUAGAACAAAAUGGAAAAAUCACCUUUGCAGUUCUAGAGCAAGAAAUGGCUAAGCUCUUAGAUGAUAUCAUUGUCUUUAACCCACCCGACAUGGACAGGCAGGCCCGCCACAUGGCCCUCUGCAGCCUCUUCAUGGAAGUCCUAAUGAUGAUGAACAAUGCAACCAUCCCAACAGCUGAGUUCCUGCGGGGCAGUAUCCGGACCUGGAUUGGUCAAAAAGUCUAUGGGCUGGUGGUGCUGCCUCUUUUAACAGCAGCCUGCCAGAGCCUGGCUUCUGUCCGUCACAUGGCAGAGAUUACAGAAGCCUGCAUCACUGCAUACUUCAAGGAAUACUCCAUCAAUCAAAAUUUAGGAUGGGGGCCCAUCCUGGUGUCCCUUCAGGUUCCUGAGCUCACCAUAGAAGAGUUUCUGCAGGAGUGCCUAGCUCUUGGCAGUUACUUGACUCUGUAUGUCUACCUGCUUCAGUGUUUAAAUAGUGAACAAACUUUAAGGAAUGAAAUGAAAGUGCUGCUGCUCCUCAGCAAGUGGUUGGAACAGGUGUAUCCAAGCUCCGCACAGGAAGAGGCAAAGCUGUUUCUGUGGUGGCACCAAGUCCUCCAGCUGUCCCUGAUUCAGAUGGAGCAGAACGACUUGGUCCUGACGGAAUCUGUUGUCCGGAUUCUGCUCAUGCUUCAGAGCAGACAAAGCCUUGUGGCUGAGGAAAGGCUCAGUUCAGGGAUUCUGGGGGCGUUUGGGUUGGGCCGGAAGUCACCCUUGUCCAACAGGUUCCGAGUGGUUGCUCGAAGCAUGGCUGCCUUCAUCUCAGUUCAGGUUCCUGCAGAAGACCAGAUCCGUUUGAAGCCUGGCUCUGAGUUACAUCUUACUCCCAAAGCUCAGCAGGCUUUGGCUGCUCUUGAGUCCAUGACACUGAGUAAGCAGUAUAUUGAAUACCAGGAUCAGAUAUUGCAAGCUGCCCAGUUUAUCAAGCAUCCCGGCCAUUCUCUCCAGGAUGGGAAAAACUUCCUGGCUCUUCUUGUUAACAGUCUCUACCCUGAAGUGCAUUACUUAGAUAACAUACGAUAGUAACAUUAAGGCUCUUGAGAAACCUCAUUGUUGUUUAUGUUUACAUUUAACUUUGCUUUGCAGAAGUAAUCACUCAGUUUCACUGCAGAGCCUAGUUUAGCCAAGGAGGAGUGUGUGUGUGCUUGCGUGUGUGUGUGCGUGUGCGUGUGUGUGUGUGUGUGUGUGUGUGCACUUGUAUGCAUGCAUAUAUGUUCUUGUCUCUUAAAAUUUUCUGGGGGAUUUUUAGUUAUGCUCAUCACAAGUGAAAUUUACUAAGUUCCACUUGGGUACUAAACCACUAACAGUUGGUGAAUGCCCCGGUCACCUUAGCAGGGCUGCAGGUAGAGUCUUCAUAUGUUUCCUCUCUCCCAUAUUAUUUGAAUGUUAGGACUCCCAUCUCCUGAUUUGACUGUCUCAUGAGUCAGGUAGAGCCCUUUGUUUUGAACCCCAUUUGUAUUCUUCCAAUGUUAAAAAAUCGACUUUAAUGAUUUCUGCAUUUCUCAAAUGUGAGGAAAUACACCCUCUUCAAAGUAUUAUGUUAUUUCUCUCAGAAGGGAUGUAAAGGUGCUGAAAGUGAAGUAUGUGCAAAGUGUAGCCAGCUAAUCCUCAUUAUAGCGGGCAUCAGAGGGGGUGAUGUGUUUGUUUCCAUUAAUAGUAUAUGUAGGAGCUUCUGUCAGCAUCAGAGUAGCAAGGCUGGCGCUCUGUGGUGACCACGUGUGCACGUUUUAUGUAGUCCACAUAAGUGCAGACAGGGCUCGCUCCUGGGGACCUUCGGGUCCCUUCCUUCUCUUUGGUCUCCACAUUCACAUUACUUUUGGCCCUGUUGAUGCUGAAGUUCGCAACCCAUGAUAGACACCAAGUUUGCACUUUGAAUGCCCCACAGUUGAAAGGGAGAUGGAAAACUUGGUUCUCUAUUUUCUGCUUGUUUCUUUUCUCCACAUUUAAACUCAAAUGAAGCUUGAGGACCUGCUGAAACAUUUAUUUUGGAAACUGGGCCAGGUUGGAAGAAUUUCUAAAAUCUGGCUUUUUUUUUUUUUUCUUUGCAUCAGGAAUCAAACUCAGGACCUCGUGCUUGCCAGGCAGGCACUGUGCCACUGAGCUGUAUCCCUGGCCAUUUGGCUAUUUUGAAUAGCUGUGUGCCUUCUGUCCUUGUUAGCCAUUCAUUACCAAAGCCUGUCCUCAUCUUUGCCUUGUACUGUUGUAAUCUUCUUGCUCAUAUUAUUUCCCCCAGGAAUUAGCAAUUUGCUUUCUGUCAACAUAUCUGUAAUUCUGUCAACUCAAAAUGGAUUUUGUUUGUUCCAUAAUGUGUCUUUGUUCGUGGAUUAUCUUUAGCCUGAGAAUUUUUACCUAAAAAUGUCUAAAAGGUCACCAACAUCUCUUAGAGAAAUAGAAAUAUAGCUGACAGAACACCGCUUUCUUCCCACAUGCCCAUUCAGUCUUCCCUCUCCCACUUGGAGGUUUGUUGGAACAAUUCUGCCUCGCAGCCAGACUUGGAGCUCUGACAAAGUACCUCUGUUCAGAGUUUUGUAGGAUCACAUGGUGUCAGCUUGCAGGGACACGUCUCAUCUCUUUUUGUUGUUCUCACUUUUGAAUCAGCUUCUCCUAUGUAUAAGAAAAUUCUAGAAGUUGUAGACAGUUUAAUUGGCUGAUUUGGCAGCAGUGAUUUUAUGACAGGAAACACAUGCUGUUUUCUUAAGCAAGAUGAAAUUAUUGAUAUCCUAGAAUGUGAAAUCUUAAGUAUGCACAUUUUAAAGAUAAUUAUGAUUAAUCUGUUAAUUUUUUGGAGUUUAUAAUAUUUAUAAUAUACUUGAUGUAUAAAAAUUAUUAAAAAUAAAAUCAGUCUUUGGUUGUGUUGGAUUCGAAUCUGAAUUACAGGCAUAUCACGAAUUUGAGAAGUAGUCCUGUUAAGGUUGAUGCUGAUUUUAAAGCCUGAUGUCAUCUGGUUUCUAGACACUGGGCUAGUCAAGAGUGUGGCAGCUUCCAUAAAGGAAGGGCUGUAAGCAGGCCAGCCUGCCCACUGCUCACCUGGGAAUGAGGUUUUGUUUGAAAAGACCAUCAGCCUCUGGAGUGCACAGGGCUGCAGUUUCAGAGGCAGUGCCUGGUGCUAUGUGUGGAUAUUGGGAUCAAGCAAGACCAAGGCCUGCUUGCAGGCUGAGCAGUGGAGCAUGCUUGACUCCUGCACUGUAACCAGCAGUGUCUUAAUGCUUUCUAGGAGAAAGAUGGGGCAGCAUUCUGGUCCCAGUGAAAAGCACCUGUUCUCCGUUCAUCAUACCUUAGCCUGCAGUAGAAACAUGGGUAGAGAAGUGGCCUGGAUACCCUCAUUUCCUUUAUCCACUCCUGACUAGAACAGUGAAGGGCAGGAAGCUUGACAACAGGGUGUUAACAGCAGAGAUGUCCUUAACGUGUUUCUACAGUGUGAGAGCAGCAGGUGGAGUGGGGACCCGUAGUCAUGCACAUUGGGUCUCAACUCCCCACUUUCUCAGUUUCAUGAUCAGUAUGUUGGCUCAGCUACCAAAUGCUCCACCUCCCCAGGGUCUGUCUGGAUCUGUCUUUGAUGUGGAGAAAGUCCAGCGCAGAAAAUACCACCGUCAGCCUCACCCUAGCCUAACUUCCCAUGUUCCUCAUGAGUAAUCACCAAAGCCAGUGUGCCUGUGUCCAUGCCCUUCUACUUAAUGCUGGUAAUAGAUAUUUUUGUUGAGUUUUUAUUCCUAAAACUUUGUUUUGGGACAGGAAGUAGAUGUCAUAGGAUCACAGAUAUGUAAACCCUCCUGGGCUCACCUUUCAGUGGGAAUCCUGUCUCCCCUCCACUUGCCAAUGACCUGUGCUCAUAGUCCUGCUUUACAGCAAGCCAAGGCGUCUCUGUGUGAUGUUGCCUCUUGGGGCUCUUCUGGAAGCAUCCCAGGUAGGGGCUGUUGGCUUCCCUCUCAACAGACAUUUCUCUGCUGGUCACAUACUGACCUCACUCCCAACCUUUCACCUUCCCUGGCUAAAUGCUCCAGACUCAUUACUCCUGUUCCACCUGAUAUUCAACAGGCCUUCCCUGGGGGAAAAGUGUCUAAAUCCCAUGUUACUGUGCCCAAGAGUAGCAGAAUAGUUCUAGGGCGGGACCAGAUUAAAUGAUCUUAUUUUGAGAUAAGGAAUUUGCUAAGAAAUGUUACAACUUUUUAAAUGUACCAGUGUAAUAUCUUUCACUGAGAGAAGUUUUUCUUGGAUUUAAAAACCACUCUGUUGGACAUAAGUACUUCAGUGUGUUCAACUGUUCCUCUUGUCUAAUGUUGACUUUUAAGAACCACAACUUUAUUCUGGUCAAAAUGUGCAAUAUUUAUUUCUUCUUUGUUCAACAUUUAAGAUGCUUGUAAAAAGGGUGAAUUUUUAUAUAAUAAACAAAUGAGAAUUGGUUAAGUAAAAUUGUGCAAA